CGCCGUGCACUGCGCAGGCGGCGGCGCUGGCGCGAUGGCGGCCCAGGACGGUGGCGGCGACGAGGUGCGGGUGCUGCAGAACCUCCGGGGCAAGAUCUAUGAUGCCAAACAUUUAGUUCCCAACAAAAUGAGAGACUUCUUCUGUACCAUAAACCUGGACCAAGAAGAAGUUUUCCGUACGCAGGUAGUUGAAAAAUCUUUAAGCCCUUAUUUUGGGGAAGAGUUUUACUUUGAGAUUCCGAGAACAUUCCAGUGGUUGUCCUUCUACAUUUAUGAUAAGAGUGUUUUACAAAAAGACCUGCGUGUAGGAAAGGUGGCAAUCAAAAAAGAAGACUUAUGUAACUAUACAGGGAAAGAGAACUGGUUUAUGCUUCAACCUGUCGAUUCUAAUUCAGAGGUUCAGGGAAAAGUUCACCUUGAAUUAAAACUGAAUGAGCUGAUAACAGAUAAUGGAUCUGUGUGCCAGCAACUAGUAGUACACAUAAAGGAAUGCCAUGGGUUGCCUCUUAUAAAUGGACAGAAUUGUGACCCUUAUGCAACAGUCUCUCUUGUGGGUCCUUCCAGGAAUGACCAAAAGAAGACCAAAGUAAAGAAGAAAACAAGCAAUCCGCAGUUUAACGAAACGUUUUACUUUGAGGUAACCAGGUCCAGCAGUUAUACCAAAAAGUCCCAGUUUCAGGUGGAAGAAGAAGACAUUGAGAAAUUGGAAGUCAGGGUGGACCUAUGGAACAAUGGAAAUUUGGUACAAGACAUCUUCCUAGGAGAAAUUAAAGUUCCUGUGAAGGUGUUAAGAAAUGAUUCCUUUCAAGCAUGGUACUUACUUCAACCAAGAGAAAAUGGCAACAAGUCUUCUAAAACUGAUGACUUGGGAUCACUUAGAUUAAAUAUUUGCUACACUGAAGACUGUGUACUUCCCUCUGAAUACUAUGUUUCUCUAAGAAACUUGCUGCUAAAAUCAUCAGAUGUUCAGCCAAUUUCUGCAUCUGCUGCCUACAUAUUAUGUGAAGUUUGUCGAGAUAAGUACGAUGCCGUUCUGCCUCUUGUACGGUUGCUACUACACCACCAUAAGCUAGUCCCAUUUGUUGCUGCAGUAGCAGAACUGGACCUGAAGGACACUCAAGAAGCAAACACAGUCUUCAGAGGGAAUUCAUUAGCAACUCGGUGUGUAGAUGAAAUGAUGAAAAUAGUGGGAAAACACUACCUAAAGGUUACUUUGAAAGCAGUUAUUGAUGAGAUAUGUGAGUCUCCUAAACCCUGUGAAAUAGAUCCAAUCAAAUUAAGAGAAGGGGAUAAUGCAGAAAUUAAUAUGGAAAAUCUACGCUAUUAUGUAGACAAAGUAUUCCGUGAAAUUGUGCGGUCAAGUAUAAGUUGUCCUACCCUAAUGUGUGAUGUUUUUUAUUCUUUGAGGCAUCUGGCUGCCAAAAGAUUUCCAAAUGACCCUCAUGUACAGUAUUCUGCAGUGAGCAGCUUUGUGUUUCUUCGUUUCUUUGCUGUAGCCGUAGUCUCACCUCAUACUUUUCAUUUACGACCUCACCAUCCAGAUGCACAGACUUCUAGAACAUUAACUCUCAUAUCAAAAGCCAUCCAGACUUUGGGGAGUUGGGGAAGUUUGACCAAAAGCAAACUUUCAAGUUUCAAGGAGACGUUUAUGUGCGAGUUUUUUAAAACAUUUCAAGAAGACAAAUUUACUGAAUCUGUCAAAAAGUUUCUAGAUGAUGUUUCCUCUACUGAAAGUAAAGAACCAAGUGGUCUGAGUGAGCCAGUACAUCUAAAAGAAGGAGAAAUGUACAAAAGAGCUCAGGGAAGGACUCGGAUUGGUAAAAAGAAUUUCAAGAAGCGGUGGUUCUGUCUAACAAGUAGAGAAUUCACCUACCACAAACAGCAAGAUAAAGAACCAAUCUUCACGAUUCCAAUCAAAAACAUCCUUGCAGUGGAGAAGCUUGAUGAGAGCUCCUUCAACAAGAAAAAUAUGUUUCAAGUACUACAUGGAGAAAAGCCACUCUAUAUCCAAGCAAAUAACUGUGUAGAAGCUAGUGAGUGGAUAGAAGCUCUCUGCCGGGUAACGAGAUGCAACCAGAAGAGGCUUAGUUUUUACCAUCCUUCUGCUUUUUUGAAUGGGAGCUGGCUUUGCUGCAAGGCUACAAUAGAAAACACAGUGGGCUGUGCUCGUUGCACUGCAGAUGUUCCAGCUGAUACUCAAAUUGAGAUUGAUGGAGACAGAGAGACAGAAAGAAUUUACUCACUCUUCACUAUCAACAUGUCUAAACUUCAGAAGUUGGAAGAGGCUUGCGGAAGCAUAGCUGUCUAUCAAGGUCCACGGAAAGAACCAGAUGACUAUUCUAACUUCACAAUUGAAGACUCUGUAGCAACUUUUCAUACACUCAAACAGAUAAUAGAUACAGUAGAAAAGCUGAAUGAAUCACAUGAAAAAUACCGAAAGAAGAGAUCAUCUAGUGCUAAAUAUGGUAGUGAAGAAAAUCCAAUUGUUGGAAAGGUUUCCUAACCAAAACAAACUGUGGCACACUUGGAUGAAAACGAAACUGGAAAUGUUCUUGGGGGUGUUGUUUUAUUUCAUUUUGUAUUUCAUAAUAUGCAUCUUUACAAAGUAUUUAAAAAUGAACAUAAAUGCUAGUUGUGUUGACAAUCUAUUUAAUAUUUAAUAGGAAGCUAGCUACUUGGAAACCUUGUCUUAGAGUUGAUUCUCAUUUUGCUGAAGAACUUGAAGUUCCAGGUUCUUGAAGUAACAGAUGUGAAUAGAACUAAAUGUUGUUUUGCCAUUGCUGUUUUAUUGGAAAGAACUUUCUAAACAAAUAAGCUUUUUAAUGGAACAAAAUCAACAUGGCAUCUGUUGGUUGUAUUGCAUCUCUGAAUACAUGUAUUGCGAAAUUGUAUGAGUUUACCAUGAGUGCCUGCCCUGCUGAUAACGAUCUUGAAAUAGAAAUCCCAAGAUACAAUGACAUGGUAAAGACCUGAAGCUUCACACUCAAUUCGUUUGACUUUUUUUCUUAUAUUAAGUGUUGUCAAGACUUGAUUUUUAACUACAGCUGAAGUUAGAACGUCAUGCAUUAUGUCGCAAAUAAUCUGGACAGCAGUUACCAGUGUUAGUUGUGUUGUUUUUUUUUUUAAGUACUAAAUAAGAAGAAAUCAGGGAACUUACGUUGUGCCUCUUGUUUACAUUGGGGGUGAGUAAUAUAUGGAGUGACAUGAGACCACUAUCUAUUUUCUUUAGGGUACGUUUUUUUAAGGUAUGGAUUUUUUUCUUAAUCUGAAAAAAAAAAUGCAGGGUAGCAAUGUUCUUUUUGAAAUAAUAUUUGCUUACAGAUAGAAGAACUCAAAUGUGAACAGAUUGUGGUUGAGUACUGAUCAAUUUACAUCAUUCCAUAUAUGAUUUUAUUUUAUUUUUUGAUAAAACUAGUUAGGUCCAACUCACCAUUUGACUACAAAUCUAAUAAAUAAUCUAUAUUAUAAUCACUCAAAGCACUUUAGAUAUCUGGACUAUCCCAGAUUAUUUUUAGAUACUUUGUAGUAUCUGCUUUUUAUGAUCAGUUGAAUGAUCAACAUUGUUUUGUCUUUAAACAACGCUUCAGUGAAUAUUUUUAUAUCUUUAGUUAUAUGGAUUCUUAUUUGCCACUUAACACAGUUUAUAAACUGUCAUUCUCAACUUUAGUAAAAUUAAUUUUUGCUCACUUUGUCUGGGAAGUUAGGUUUGUGCUGAAAGAACUUCUAUGUAUAUAGCCAGGAAGAAGCAAAGGUGGCAACUUCGCUUCAUCAGUAUUAAAUACAACGGUACUCCUUGGAAUGUUAUUUUUAAUAAUAACUAUAUGUGGUACUUUUAUUUUCAGAGCAUUUGCUGUGGGGUCUUUUGUUAUUGUUUUGUUAGUGUGUUUUUUACAACCAUGAUUUGGCCAAAUUAAUUAGGAAUGUAACUUACAAAUAGAAUAGAAAUCCAUAAUGCUUGAAAACUGUAAGCUGUUCAAAUUACUAUACAAUUGUAAUACUGUUGUAGGGAGGCUUUCUGUGAUAGAAGUAAGUUGGCAAGACAGGAUUGAAAUUUUUGAACGAAUGAAUGUAAGUAUUGUUAGAAGAACAAUUGAUUUUAAAACCAGACAAACUACUUUAGAAUGUCUGGGAUUCAGUACUGUUGUCUGCAAUGCCACAAUCAUUCAGCAAUCUCAAUUGGUUUUUGUCUUUCCUUCUUGUACACAUUUAAUGUAUUCUAAGGGACUUUUGUUUGCCAACAGUUAAAAGGGGGCUUGAAAUCAUAUGCCAAGAAAUGUGUUUUGCCAAGGUAAAUUGGAUUUGUGCAAAUUGCCAUUAAAAAGCUGCCAUAAAAUAAAGCUGAAUGCUGUCAACUGUCAAAGUUAGUUUGUGCUUGUAUAUCAAUUGACGUUGUGGCAAAGUGUUUGUUCCUCAGAGCCAUUUUCUGUUGUUUUCAAAGUCCAAUUUAUGGAAAACUAAAUUGUAUUCUAAGAAUUUUUUUUAAAAAUGCACUUUUUGCUUUGAUACUGGAAUAUCUAGCAGAAAAAAACAAAGGCCAUUGAAUAUUUGUGACUAUUAGGAUUUAAUUUCUCAUUUUAUAAUGUUUCAAAAUAAAGUAGGUGUUCUAGAAUUUAAUUAGGUACAAGUAGGAUGAUUAAUGGUAAAAGUUGCCUUCAUUUUGAUUAGUCUAGAAGACAUUCAAUAAUUAGUUCUGUUUGGAUUGUAAAUUAUCAUUAGUUUUAAUUUGUAUUAUGAUGUAUUGUUGAAUGUAUUUUUAUUUAAAUUUUAUUUUCUUAUCAAGACAUUAAAAUGUUUUGUAACAUUGCUUGAGAAUAACUCAUAAAUAAAUUACAACAAACUUGAGAUAUGCUGCAUGUUUCCUGUGAGGCCUGGAUUUUUAAAAUAUUUAUUUGAAGACUGGAUGAAUAGAGGUUUGCGUACAGGAGUUGAUUUUAACAAGGUAAAUCUAUUUGACAAAAAAAAAAAUGCAAUGAUCUAAGGGAUUGUGCAUGGUCAUCCACAGCACUGUGGUGUUCUAAUUUAAGUUGAUGUUGAUGGUUGGGAGAGAAUUAUUUAGCAAAACAGUGUGUAUAGGAAUCUGACAGUUUUUAAAAUGUUUGCUGUGACUAGUCUGUAUUAAAGGAUAUCUAGCCCUGGUGUUACAUGACUAAAUUUUCUUAUUGAGUGGUCUUUUAUUACAUGUCCAGUGUACCUGUACUAGCUAUAUAAUGUCAGAGCUAUUUUAAAUAUGGAUAUG